UUCCGGGCUAUGGCGGCAGCCGGUGGCGGUGAGAGCGCUGUGGCCUCCGAAGCCGGGGCUUUGCGAGCUUUGAGCACCCAGUUAGAUGCGACCCUCGUGCAGCUGCUCGUGGAGCUUGAGCAGCUGGAAGGGAAGCGGGUGGCCUUGAACGCCCGAGUGGAGGAGGGCUGGUUUUCCCUCUCCAAGACUCGCUAUGCUAUGGGUGCCAAGGCUGUCAGCCCCCUUCAGUAUAGCUCCUCUAUGACUCCCUUCUUCCGGGUCUGCACGAGUGAGCCCGAGCCUGGUCGGCCUGAGUUCGAGGUGAUUUUCACUGGAACUGGAUCCCCGAAGGACGGAAGACCCCAGGAGUCCCAAGGUGUGAGUGAUUAUGGGGAGCCAGAGUCCGAGUCUCAGUCUCCGGUGCUUCGCAGGCGGCCGCAGCCCCAGGGGUCUCCUUUGCAGCCCACCCCACCCACACCUGCCGCUGCGACGUCUCCGGAGCGGGAUCCCCUGACCUGGUUUGGGAUCCUGGUGCCCCAGAGUCUGCGGCAGGCCCAGGGAAGUUUCCGGGCAGCUCUGCUGGUGGCUGGGGAGAUUGCCGCGCUCCAGAGCCGAAUCGAGUGGGGAAGAGCCCAGAUUCAAGCCCUUCUCCAGGAGAAACAGAAACUGCUUGAUCAGCUGAAGGUGGCAUGAACACAUUCUCUAAAAUUUAGAAUCCUAAUGAAUAAUUUUGUCUUUUGUGACUAUCAAAAAAAGUGAAAAUUAAAACUUUUUUUUUCCUUUUCUGGAGAAAAUGAUACAUUUCCUCUGCUUUCCAAAGUUCCCGCUGUCACAUUAAAGAAUCAAACAUAAAAAA